CUCCGAAGAGGGGGAAGGGCCCGGGAGGCGGAGCGGAAGCGGAGUGCGAGGGACCAGCAGAGUAGAAUCUCCACAAGCUGGGAACCAGCCUCGUCGCCGAUUCCCGGUCGCGUCCUUUCUUCAUCCCGACCUGGAGGCUGCUUCACCAGCGCGGGACGCAGCUGGCGCCCUCUAAUCGGCUUUCGCUGCGCCGCCCAGGAGCCUGUUGGCGGCGGCGGCGGCGACGGUGACAAGAAGCCCACUGGCAAGUUUUACAGAGGAAAUUGAGAGUUGGAGGCAAUCUUGUUCAAGAUGAAGAAUAUACCAUAUUAGCAGAGGAGGAGGAGGAGGAGGGAAUAUUUUUCCCCUUCAAAAAUCUUGAUUGGUGGCUUGCCUCUAGUUACCACUUUACAGCUUAGUCUGUUUGCUUCAGGAGAAAUGAUUUUUGCAAUCUCCAGAAAAAAUAUGUCCCAGAAAUUGAGUUUACUGUUGCUUGUAUUUGGAUUCAUUUGGGGAUUGAUGUUACUGCACUAUACUUUUCAACAACCAAGACAUCAAAGCAGUGUCAAGUUACGCGAACAAAUACUAGAUUUAAGCAAAAGAUACGUUAAAGCUCUAGCAGAGGAAAAUAAGAACACAAUGGAUGUUGAGAAUGGCGCUUCGAUGGCAGGAUAUGCGGAUCUAAAAAGAACAAUUGCUGUCCUUUUGGAUGACAUUUUACAGCGGUUGGUGAAACUAGAGAACAAAGUUGACUAUAUUGUUGUGAACGGCUCAGCAACCAACACUACCAAUGGUACCAGUGGGAAUCUGGUGCCAGUAACCACGAACAAAAGGGUCAAUGCAUUCGGCAACAUUAGAUAACAGUUAAAGAUCACCUUGUGCUGCUGCAUCCCCUGGGUUAGAUCCGAGGACAGAAAAGCUUUACACCGCUGGCUAGGAUAGAGUAAUACUUUGCACAUACUCUGCAUUUUCAAGGAAUAUGCUGGAAUCAUGGAACUCUCAUUCUGUAUAUACAUUUUUAAAAGUUAUUAGUUUGCUUUCAGGCAAGGCUCUUCAAUGCUGAACUGUAUCCUUAAAGGGAAUUUGGUAACAUGGUUGAUGUGGUAUGCAGAUAGGUGAUCUUUAUGCAAACCUUUUGUGUUUGAGGUCAAGCUGAAAUAAAAACACUGAAAGACA